CCGGAAACGACGCACUUAGGUAAACACAGAAGCUGUCAGUGGCUCUGAAAUAAAGAAAAAACGACCUAAGAAAGCAGAUUUUAAUUUUUAUUUUGCUUUUUAUGCAUUCUUUAAGGCUUUUGCGUGAGAAACUGGUUCUCUCUUCAUUAAAGGUUUAAAGGGACAGGACUGAAACGGUCCGACAUGUUCACAGACAUGGACUAUGAGCUGGAGGAGGACAAACUAGGGAUACCAACCGUCCCUGGUACUGUGUGUCUGAAGAAAGAUGCUAAUAACCUGAUAGGGAUCAGCAUCGGUGGAGGGGCUCAGUACUGUCCAUGUCUCUACAUCGUACAGGUGUUUGAUAACACUCCAGCAGCUCUGGAGGGGACUCUAGCUGCAGGUGAUGAAAUCACAGGUGUGAACGGGAAACCGGUGAAGGGGAAGACUAAAGUAGAAGUGGCCAAGAUGAUUCAGGCCGUCCAGGGAGAAGCAACCAUUCACUACAACAAACUGCAGGCAGACCCCAAACAGGGAAAGUCUCUCGAUAUCGUACUUAAAAAAGUCAAACAUCGCCUGGUGGAGAACAUGAGCUCAGGCACUGCAGACGCUCUGGGACUCAGCAGAGCUAUUUUAUGCAAUGAUGGGCUGGUGAAAAGACUGGAGGAACUAGAGAAGACAGCAGAGCUCUACAAAGGUCUGAUGGAGCACACAAAGAGACUCCUCCGAGCUUUUUUUGAGCUCUCUCAGACGCACAGAGCGUUCGGGGAUGUGUUUUCUGUCAUCGGUGUCAGGGAGCCUCAGGCUGCAGCCAGCGAAGCUUUUGUCAAGUUUGCAGACGCUCAUCGUUCCAUUGAGAAAUACGGGAUUCAGCUGCUAAAGACCAUCAAACCUAUGCUCCAUGAUCUGAACACGUACCUCAACAAAGCCAUCCCCGACACCAAGCUCACCAUCAGGAAGUACCUGGAUGUCAAGUUUGAAUACCUGUCGUACUGCCUCAAGGUGAAGGAAAUGGACGAUGAAGAGUACAGCAGUAUUGCGAUGGGAGAGCCACUGUAUCGUGUCUGCACUGGGAACUAUGAGUACCGUUUGGUGCUGCGGUGUCGACAGGAAGCUCGAGCUCGCUUUGCCAAAAUGAGGAAGGACGUUCUGGAGAAGAUUGAGCUGCUGGAUCAGAAACAUGUCCAAGACAUCGUGUUCCAGCUGCAGCGCUUCGUCUCUGGUAUGUCGCAUUACUACGACGAGUGCUACGCCGUCCUGAAGGAGGCCGAUGUCUUCCCCAUCGAGGUGGAUCUCUCUCGCACUAUGAUCAACUACAGCAGCCCGUCAUUCACCGGAGAGGAUGAGGAGGAGGAAGAGGAGGAGAAGGAGGGAGGAGGAGGCAGCUGUGAGGGGAGACGAGCGGAAAAUGGAGCUGAGAAACUGAUAGAUGAUGAAUGAGUGUUUAUGUGUGGGAAAGAGAUCUUUACAGUUGAGUCUAAACACUGCAAAUGAAAACAACUACUGUAAAAGAUGGAGAACUACUGAACUUGUAAAACAGCUGCUGUAUUGAUCUGGUGGAGUUUUCUUUCUGUUAACAUCAACAGCUUUAUGAUUAUUUCGUCAUUUUAAGUGUUUACUUUCUGUUAAAAAGACUUGAAAGAGUCGGCUUUUCUGCUAUCUGAAUGUCAUGGAGGGUUUAAGAGGAUUAAUGUGAACAUGAAGUGUGCCUUCUUUGCUCUAAAUGAAGUUUUAUGGGUCUGGGAUGAGUGUUGGUGUGCAUAACGUAGAUUUAAGUUACAUCAUGAUAUUUAUGUUACAGUUUGCUCCUUUUUUUCUAAAAACUUGUUAUUUCCAGGACUGGAAUCUAUUUGCAUACCUAAAUUUAGAUUUUAUGGUUAAUAUUAAGCAGACAAUGACUGACUUGGAUAUUAUUGUGGUUUAGUAUGAAGGGUUUGCUACAUGUAGCUGAAAAAGUAAGCCUUUUGUUUCCUUGCCAUAGCACCUUUUAUUUCUUAAGGGAGAGCUUAGGUUUCCACUAUUUAUUUUGGAAGGGUCAUCAAUAUUUAAAGUGAUUUGUCAUGUUUUCUUGAAAUGAAUACACAAGUUUUAAUUUCUCCUCACAGAAAUGUAUGAAAACUGAUGAGUACAUUUGAACACUACAUGUAAAUAAGUGUGUAAAAAGGGAAAAUGUUGGUUUUAAUUUUCUGCACUCUUUUUCAUUCCUACUUUUAUUUAUUCUCCAAUCAAAACAAGUUGUAUUCCAUAUUAUAUUGUUAUUCCAUAUUAUAUUAUAUUGAAUAUUACUUACUGUUUGUGUGGGUUGAAUUCUUUGCCGUCUAGAUAGAUUAAUCUCAUAAAAAAUUAAACAUUUCAGGACUUUU